AUAGAGAGCGGGGACCGGCACGCACAAUACACGCCUUUUUCGCAUUGCUGGGGUACCGCUCCAAUCUGGACAACUACCAAGAUUCGAAAACUUCUUCCCUACUCUCAACUACCUGGAAAUUCCCAAGACGCAAUAGCCGUCACACGUCUGCUUGGUCUGCAAUAUCUUUGGAUCGACUCGUCGUGCGUUCUGCAAGACUCGCCAGAAUACUAG